AUGACCCAGUUUAAAGGUUCACGAGGCGGUGGCAGAACGAAAGCGCGAGUUGAAGGUUGGCUUGUCUCAGUCGUGCCCGCGGAUUUGGCGCCCGAAGUGGGCUUGGAUCGAUCGGGGCCGCUCGAGGUGCGAAAAAAGAGUGAGGGCCGUGGCGAGAAAGAGCGCGCGCUUCAAGACGGUGUGUGCGUGAGCAAGACACUGUGCGACCAGCUGAGGCGUUGGGCCAGAGCGAAAGUCAGCAUCUGGCCUCGGUGCAGUGUGUGCAUGUGGGCCGAAGGCAUGCACAGAAGCGAGGGCUAA